ACAUUUUCUUGUUAUUUCCAUAUAUUUCUUUUCCUUUGUCAUCUUGUGGUAAUUUAAUAAGUGGUGCACUUAGUGUUUUUAAAGGACUUAUGUUUGUUUGGUCAAAGUGAUAUGUGAUUUUUGGUAGUGUUUCAAGAACCUUAAAAUAAAGCUAUAGUCCUUAAAAGAAUUCAAGAUUAUUACAACUCUUUGAAAUGUUUAGUGCAUUUUUAAAGAUCCGACAUGAAUACAUUAGUAUUUUUGAUUAACACUUUUCAAGUGUAAGAAGCCUUGCAUCAUUUAACAUUUCAAGAAGGUACAAUGCCACGAUCAAGGGGAUCAGAAAUGCCUCAAAGGCAAUCUCCUCGAGCUCCUUCACAACUCAGAACAUCAAGCUCUGAUUCCGAUGCUCUACACCAUCGGUCAGUAACUGAUCGGAGUCCAAAAUUAGGUGGUCGCUCUCCACGAGGUGCUCAAUCUGAUCCACUGAAUCAAAGGAAACUUGGAACAAGAAUUGCGGAUUUGGAAUCUCAACUUGGGCAAGCACAGGAUGAGCUUAAGUCCCUUAAAGGGCAGUUGGUUUCAGUUGAGGCUGCAAAAAACGCAGCUCAAGAACAGCUAGAGAAGAAAGCUAAGAAGCCAACUGUUGCUGAGCCUGACCAAAUCCAAGAAACGAACAACAACAAAGACAACCCAACUCAUGAAACUCCAGAUGAUGAUGACCCGAAAGAAACUGAUGUUUUUGAAGUUCCACUUGAGAAGGUAGUUUUGGAGCCUCCUCCAAAUGUUGAAAUCAGCCACCCCUCUACUGAAGAUGACCUGAAAAGUGCGAGUCUUUCGUCCGCUGAACCGGUGAAAUCAUCGUUUGAGGAGCUGAAUUUGAAGGAUGAAGAAAUAAGCUCAUUGAAAUCCAAGUUGGAGGAGAAAGAAAAAGAGCUCGAGGUUUUUCGCCAAGAAAAUGAGAGUUUGAAAAAGGAGCUGACUGAUAAGAUGCUAGAGAUAUCAUCUGCUAAGGCCAAGGGAGAGGAAAUGAGCCUCAAGCUAAACCAAGUAACACAAGAGCUGGAAACAAGCAAGAAUGAUGGAGUUAAUACAAAGGAUAAACUCGAAGCCACUGAAAAGGUAAAGGAGGCAUUAGAAAAUGAGAUGAAGAAACUAAGAGUCCAAACAGAACAGUGGAGGAAAGCUGCAGAUGCUGCAGCAGCUGUAUUAGCUGGAGGAGGCGUUGAGAUGAACGGUAGAAGGCUACCAGAGAGGUGUGGAUCAAUGGACAAACACUAUGGUAAUGUAUUUGAACCAGCUGUUGGAGGAUAUGGCAGUUACAUGGGUUCACCAGGGUUGGGUGAUGAUUCCGAUGAUGUUUUUGGUCACGGGAAGAGAAAAGGUUCUGGCAUUAGGAUGUUUGGUGACCUCUGGAAGAAGAAGGGCCACAAAUAAGCGUCCUCCGGAUUGCCAUGUUUUUCCAGCAAAAUGGUUGCUCGCCAUUUUAAGUUUAUUUGGCUAAUGUAUGAAUCUUUUUCUUGGCAUCUGGCCAAUACUACUAUUAUGCUGGGUUUAAAUUUCUAUCUUUGUAGUAGUCUUAUUUCUUUCUAGUGUAGCUUGAUGCCUUAACCUGUCAUUCAGGGCCGUACCUUUGGAUCCAUAAUAUUGGGAAUUUUGUGUGCAGUGGAUGACAAAAUUUUGGUGCA